AUGGGUCUUGAAAGAUUACUCCCGUCAUGUCUACGAAGAUCUUACAGCAAAAUGUCACACCAAGAGGUUAGCUUGAUCGAUAUCGGUAACAAAUGGAAGUCCAAAGUUUUGCAAGGUGUUCCACAUUCCAGCAUGCCGGCCAAGGACAAGAAGAUGUAUGUCCUGUCUCAGUUUCCAUAUCCAUCAGGAUCAUUGCAUAUAGGACACUUGCGAGUCUAUACAAUUACGGAUGCGCUAAAUCGUUUUUAUCGACUGAAUGGCUAUUACGUGGUACACCCUAUGGGAUGGGAUGCUUUCGGACUUCCUGCUGAAAACGCUGCUAUUGAACGACAGAUAGACCCAGCUGUCUGGACUGCCCAAAAUAUCGCCAAAAUGAAAGAACAGCUCGGGACAAUGCUAGCAAAUUUUGAUUGGGACCGUGAGGUAACAACCUGCAGUCCCGAUUAUUACAAAUUCACGCAAGAGAUAUUUCUUGAGCUUUUUAAACAUGGAAUGGCGUAUCAAAAGAAUGCAGAAAUUAAUUGGGAUCCAGUAGACCAGACAGUACUUGCUAAUGAGCAAGUUGAUGCCCAAGGCAGGUCAUGGAGGUCGGGUGCUGUGGUAGAGAAGCGCAACUUAACUCAAUGGUUUCUGGGAAUUACUAAGUUUGCUCAUGACUUGGAAAAGGACCUGGAUCUGCUGAAGGACUGGCCCCAGAAUGUUAAAACCAUGCAGAAGAAUUGGAUCGGAGAAUCACAUGGCACCGAAAUUGGCUUCAAGCUAUCGGUGAAAGGAUCAGAACAAUUGAAGGUUUUCACAACUCGAGUCGAGACGCUCUUCAGCGUUCAGUACAUCGCACUAGCCCUCGACCACCCGUUGAUUUCAGAGUUUUUAAAGGCAGACCCCGAGUUAAAGGCAUUCAUUGAAGAGUCCAAGACUCUGCUGAAUGAUUCAAAACGAGGUUUUCUUCUGAAAGGUUUAUCCGCACAGAAUCCUUUUGUUAGUGAGUUCGACUUACCAAUAUUUGUAGCACCAUAUGUUUUAAGCGGUUACGGCCACGGUGCAGUAAUGGGCUGCCCAGCUCACGAUGAGAGGGAUUAUGCUUUCUGGAAGCAAAACAUGCCACAGAUAAGCCCGAAGGCAACAAUAUUUCCUGACAAAAAUGAGAAGUCUGAAUAUUUGGUGCUCCCAUAUACGGACAAACGUGGCUUUUUGGGACUCGGCGCUGCGGAAUUUGCAGGUAUGGAGGUUGAAGCGGCUGCUACACGGAUAUCAAAAAAACUCGAGGAGAUUGGGCGUGGCAGGCCGGUUGUUACUUACAAAUUAAGAGAUUGGUUGAUUAGUCGACAAAGAUACUGGGGGGCACCUAUUCCGAUCAUUCACUGUGACUCAUGUGGCCCAGUCGCCGUUCCAAAAGAGGAUCUGCCAGUUCUCUUGCCCAAAGUUGACCGUUUGGCCACCAAAGGGAAUCCCUUAAAGGACAUGAGCACGUUUGUACAUACUACAUGUCCUUCAUGUGGGAAUGCUGCCAAGAGAGAAACUGAUACCAUGGACACAUUUAUGGACAGUUCGUGGUAUUUCUUCCGUUAUACCGAUCCCAAAAAUUCUAGCGAACCAUUCAGCUCGGAAGUUGCCAAUAAAAACUUACCGGUAGAUCUUUACAUUGGCGGUAUCGAGCACGCAAUUUUGCAUCUGCUUUAUUCAAGGUUUAUAUCGAAAUUUCUAGCCUCUAUUGGAAAAUGGGAUCAUACUCAGGGCAAGGGUGAACCUUUUAAGAGGCUUGUUACCCAGGGUAUGGUGCACGGAAAAACAUAUAUUGACCCUUUGACGGGCAGGUUCCUUAAAUCGGAUGAGAUAGAAAAAGCCGAAGGAUCCGAUGUUUUCAUCAAGGCUACAGGGCAAAAACCCCUCGUAACCUAUGAAAAGAUGUCAAAGUCCAAAUAUAACGGUGCAGAUCCAGAUGAAUGCAUAAAACUGCAUGGCGCUGAUGCAACGAGGGCGCAUAUCCUUUUCCAGGCACCCAUCGCUGAUGUCUUGAGUUGGGAUGAAAGCAAGAUAGUUGGGAUUGAGCGCUGGCUGGCUAGAGUACUUAACCUCACGCAAACUGUCACUACAAUGCCAUAUGGAUUCACAGAGGAUAAUUCUGCUUAUCCUCAUCUGAACAAACACGAUCUUAAGUUUCACAAUGAAGUACAGCAGCUUUUAGAGGGCAUUACGUCAUCCUUUAAAGACACUCUGUCACUCAAUACAGUUAUUUCCGAUUACAUGAAGCUUACAAAAGUAAUUGAAUUAGGUUUAAAGUCGAACAACGUCAACCUAGAUUUGAUCAUGCAAUCUCUAAAAACACUCAUAACUACAAUAUAUCCUGUAGUACCGUCUGUUGCCGAGGAAGCUAGUGAAAAGAUUCGGAGUAAUUUAAAGUGGAAAUGGACGCCAUAUGAAUGGCCAACUUUACAAGGUGUUCGUGAAUCUAGCCUUGUCAAGUAUCAAAUUGUCAUAAACGGUAAAAUGCGGUUCACUCACUUGGCGGAAAAGACCUUCAUUGAAGAUCGCGAGUCCGCUAUAAAAACACUACUCGACUUGCCCGAGGGUCGAAAAUAUCUUGCUGGAAGGGAGGUGAAGAACACAAUUAUGAAAGGUAAGGUCGUAAGUUUUGUCGUAAAAUAA